ACCACCCAGCACAAUUUGUACAUCAUCCAAUCAGCAAUCACCUGAAGGAACGAUGAAGGAAGUCCUCAUCACAACAAGGCCUGCUGGUUAUUGGAAGGAGUCUCUGUAGAGUGCUUCUCGCCGGACUCUCCCACCAGCACACACGUUCAGUCCACACCAACAUGUCGGUGUGGAACCUGUGUCUCGUCUUCACCUUUGUGAGUUCAGCGCUCGGGGAGGACACAGUGGCGGGAGACGUCGGCGCCCAUCAGCUGGAGCGUUUGGUGGAGAUGCUGACGCCUAUGGAGUGCGAGGACCUCCUGUUCGCCCUCUCUCACCCGGAGGAAAACAUCUUCAAGCACCUCGAGCGCCUCUCGCCGGAGAGGAACACACUCGGCCUCGACGCUCGGGCCAAGAGGGACGCCUCUCUCUCUGUGGAUAGCGAGGCCCAGUGCCGGACGGCCCUGACAGAAUGGCUGCUGAGGUACGGCGAGCAGACCUACUACGACAGGCUUUCCCGCGCCUUGCAGCACGUCGGCCGGACGGACAUCGCCGUCGAAGUGGGGAAGAACAUCAACCAGGACAAAGCCUUGAGCCUGAAGCGCUUCGUCGACGACUAUCACAAGUACGUGAGCUCUUUAAACGUGGCGGCGGCGCGGCCGGACGCAAAGCAGCGGGCGGACGCAGGUCACAGGGUCAGAAAAAGAAGAGUGGAGGACCUGACGCGGCGUGACCUGGACCUGAUCGUGGAGCAGGCCUCGCUCCCCCCGUACCAGAAGGGACCUCUGGACGUGGCGCGGCCCCUCUUCUACGGCGUCCUGCUGGGCUUCGGAGGCACCCUGAUAGCCGGCGUCGCCAUCCUCCUCAUCGUCCUCGCCGUUCCCGGCAGGAGCGCGCCGACCGGUCACGGCCAGGGUCUGAAGAAGCAAUAGCCCGCGACGCUACCAGAGACGGAGGAGCAGAAGGUUACAUGAAAAAUGACACGUGUAUUCAUAAAUAAAGACAAAAUAGACAACGUG